AUGUCGGUCGUCACAGGGCCGGCUGAUGAGGACGACAGGUCUUGGUCUUCGUGGAGCUCGGCUUUUGAGCCGCAUAGCAAGGCGAGACAGCAGAGCCUUGCAUCGGGCUCGGAUAGCUCUGCCAUCGAGGCUAAGGCUGAGGUCUCGCGAGAGUUGGAUUCGCGGAAGCCGACGAUCUCCGGAGCUUCUUCAUCUGGGGAGCUCGCUCCGUCUUUUGCUGCUGCUGCUACGUCUGCUGAGGUCUCCCACGACAUUGACUUGCAAUCUGCAGGCACAUACACGGUGGAGGCUCACACAGCGGCGGAUUCUGUGAACGGAGCAUUCUCUUCCAGUGCUGUGGAGCCAGAAAGGGCUGUGUUGAUGGAGCGAGGUGUUAGGUGGAGUGAUUUUGUCUCCACGGCUGAGCGUUGGGACAGCGCCUCGGUCUUGGGAAGAAAACUGGCGCAAGAGCGCAUGUUUGGUGAGUGUGUGCGCCAGAGCAAGGCAGGAGCCUGGUGCUGGGCGUCUGACAAGGCGCCGAAGCGCUUGACAGAGUCUCAGAGGGCUGGAGCCCGGUUUCAGCUACGUGCUGAGUGUGUGCCCAGGGAUGUUUCCUUGGCAAAUGGGACCGAUGGGGCCGAUGAUGCCCUCUUUCGGCGGGGAGCGCAAGCUGUUGCGCCUUUUCCCCCGCCGGUACCUCAGCUGCCGGCUGCAGCGCCGGGAUAUGAAUGGAGGCAAGUACCAGUGAUGCCGGUGCAGCCACCUUUGCCGCCUCCCUCGACCCCUGCCCCUAUUGCCCCGGUGCAGUCUACGUGGAAUCGCCAGCCUUGGCGCGGAGGGGGCCAGCAGAAGCAGCAGGGCCAAUGGGGCCAGCGCUGGAAUAAGUGGCAUCGGUCCAGUCAGGGAUCGAAUGAGCCCCGAGGGUCAGGCCACCAGUCUUCUUGGACGGACCCAGACCAUCACAACAUUCAGGAGGCCACUCCUUCUGAAGUGGCCGCGGCCGACGCCCGUAAGUCCACCAAAGAGGCUGAUAAGGAUGAGGCAGACGACGAAGAGUCGUACCUUGCAGCCCUGUGGAAGUCGGGAAAACUGCAGUGGUGGUGGAAGAUGCCUUGGAAGACCAUCGCCGAGAAGUUUCCUGACACGCAUGGCUACAAGGAGUUUUUGGAAGGACUUGAAGGUCCGAUCCCGACCUCUGUGAUUUCCCGCGUGGUCACGGUCCUUGCUGCCUUUCGGUCUUAUGGCCGCCCCCUUGAGGGGGACAAUCCAGUGGCGGGCGUCGUCGGACCCGAUGCUCACAUUUUUCGAGUGCCUGGGCAACGGAUUUUGAUCCUAUCUUGCGAGCUGCGCGGGCCAAGCUAUAUCCGCAAUCCGAACUCGGCCCAUUCGGCUAUCAUGGCUCAUGGUACCUCCUUCCCCUCUUUAGUCGGCGUGGCAGAGAUAGGGGAGAUCGCGGUGAACGAUUUCCGCGAUCAGGGAACUCCCUGCUUCGGCUUUUCGGCACGGGGUUCAUUGGUCACCUUGUCGCGUGAUGCACUGGAAAGUGCAGCGACAAAAUGCGCGAGUCGGGCUAAAGCCCUGGGCGGGGCGAUUGUCCUCGUAGAGUGCGAGUUGCCACGGAGCACCCCCGCUGUGGAGGAGGGGAAUGACAUGAUGCAGAUCUGUUGCCGGGACGCUGGAUCGGUGGUGGAUACUCUUCCUAUGAACCACGAGGAAGUGGCUGAUCGUCGGGAUUCGCGACAUGAAAAGUUGUGCCAUUUGCCCCGCAUUAGACGGGUUAGACCUGAGUGGUCUUCGCUACGCUUCGUGUGUGCUGCGAGGGGAGAUUACCAGCAGAAGUAUUGGUUUCUUGUGAUGUCUGGCCACGACCCCAGAGCGAGUGAGAAUGAAGUGUUCAUGCGAAGCAUCACUCAUGGUCGGUCGUCGCUGCCUCGGCAGCCUUGGGAACAGCCGGCUAUGCUGUGCAUCUUCGAUCCAUUGAAGGCGGCUUUCCCUCAGGGCUUGAACUUACCUUAUCAGGGAGUGGCCCCGGCUUCGUCUACUCCUCAGACGGCAGCACAACCUUCAGAUUCCGGGAAUCCGGUGCCGAGUGGAUCUCAUUGUCAGGCCUGGACUCGUGCAGUCAAGGCAAAACGAGGGCCUAGAGCCGCAGAUCGUCGUGAUGAGGCGUACCGCCGGGUCCUCACAUUACUUCAUGCCUUUUCGAGUUUCUUCGACCUGUGUACUCUGAUGGCAGAUGACGAGGAGGACGGCCCGGAUUCUGUCCAGGCCGUUUUGGCAGGGAAAUCACCGAACACCAUCUUGAAGCAUUUGGGUCCGGUUAGGACUUUUUGCGAGUGGCUUUUGAAAGCAAGUCAGACUCCGCCUUUUGCGGAAAAAGUUCUGUGGUCUUUCAUUCAUUGUGUCCUCAAGAUGCCCAAGACCGCGGCCACCACACUGGACAGUAGUCUACGUGCUAUCAAGUGGAGUUAUUAUACCUUGGGACUACGUGUUCAACUAGAGGUCUUCAGCAGCCCUCGAAUUCAUGGUGUGGUGAAGAAGGCGCUACAGACUAAAAACCCGUGGUGCCCGGCGUCACCCCUCAAGGUGUCCGAAGUUCUCCAACUGCAUACGAUCUGUUGUGAUCCUUCUAUUUCUGUCAUUGAUAGAUGCGGGGCGGCGCAUUUCCUUGCCAUGCUCUACGCAAGGGCACGGGCAUCGGACAUCCGAUGUGUCAAACGUAUUUUGAUAGAUGUACACAAUGAGGACUGGAGUUCCGGUUUCAUUGAGUUAGGGACGCUGGAGCACAAGACGUCUAGGCUGGACACUCAGCGACGUCGUAUAUUGCCUCUGGUGAUUCCUGGCCAGGGUAUUGCCAAAACCCCUUUUGGUCAGCUCCUCCUGGACAUUAGGGCUGAGGCCGGCUUGCCGAAUGAUCAGGCCGAUGUUCCAUUUUUGCCGGCGCCUCUGCCGGAUGGAUCGUGGUCCUCUGACCCGCUGUCUAGUAGCGAAAUUACCAGGUGGCUGAGGUAUUUAUUGCCACGUCCAUCGACGGAACAGGCCGUGAGUUCGCACUCGUUGAAGGUUACCUCACUUGUUUGGUGUAGCAAAUUUGGGAUGCUCCGCGAAACUAAGCGAGUUCUAGGCCAUCACUCGGAUGCUGCGACUGGUAGCGAUGCAGUUUAUGGACGUGAGUUACAGAGUGCGGCACUGCGUGAGUAUGUUGUCGUGCUGGAUGCAGUCGCGACGGGUAAAUUUUUGCCAGACCAGACUCGCUCGGGUCAUUUCGCAUCAGGUUGGACUCGGGAAUCUAUCCUGCAGGCAGCUGCUUUUCCACAGGACUCGGAAGUCCUGGAGGAGGCUGUGGAAGAUGAUCAGGAUGAGGCUUUGGCUGUGGUUUCUGAUGUUUCAGACUCUGAUGAAGAAGCCCCGGAGGAACAAUCCUUCUGGGCCCAUCCGACUAGCCAGGUUCUACAUCGCACGACUUUGGGGUAUUUAGCCAUGACGAGUUCCGUAGAUUCGGCGCCUUUCUUUGUGCAGCGAGCAGAUGAAAUCUCGCUCGCCAAGCGAGUAGUGGAUGCCUUGAAAGGUAAAGGGGUGUCUACUUUGGCCCAGCUGGCCUUCUGUGUCGGACAACCGGGACAGGUGCUAUCUCAGACUGAGUUUGACACGUGGAGCGAGGCCUUGUUGGUAGGCAUCACAGUGGGCGAGAAGGCGUCUUUAAGGCGCCUGAUCUUGGAAGCUCAGACCAUGCUAGUGGCUUCUUUGAAGGAUUUGGCAGAACCGGCUGAACACGCUUCCCCUAAAAAGGUGGGGGUAGCCGAGCGAAAUGCUCGCAUGGACCAGCUCCGGACUCAGCUCGCCGGGGUUUCGCUUACUGGACAACUCGAGCCGAGUCAUGCAUUACUUGACAUGGCCGUUCAGCAGUGGGAGAGUCGGUGCCUGAAGUACAUCGGUCCAGAAAAGUGUCAUAGCCGUGAGGAUGAGGUUCAGAACGUCAAGCCUUUGACCACCAGUCUGUCCUUGGAAGGCGGUAAGUUGAAGGUUACGGAGGCUGCUGGUAUGGAUGAUCGCGAUAUUGAGGGCUCUUUGCAAGUCCUUAAUGCCUUGCGCCGCAGAGGAGUGGCUUAUGCGUUUGCUCGCUUGAUCAGUUGGGAAAGACAUGAAGCUUAUGUGUCGUCUCUGUUCAGGUAUUUGACCAAGCCUGCUCAGCCUGGUUACAGGAAGGUGUCUCUUCGUCAGAUCUUGCGGGCUGAUAAGCUUGCCUUUUCCAAGUUGUCCGAGGCAGGUGAGGACAUCCGAGCAGAUGCUUCUGGCAUUCUUCCGCUCGAUUCAGCGAUCGGGGCUAUUCUUCACGAUUACGACCUAAUUGUUGCUCUUUUGCCUAUGGGGGAUUUGGAUGGUAAGGGCAAGAAUGCUAAUGGUCGUGUCGGGCGCCCGGGUCCUUACGGUGAUGCUGCGCCCUGGAAGGGGAAGAAUGGCAAAGGUAAGGGCGGUUGGACCUCUAAAGGCUCUGAUUAUUGGACAGGGAAAGGCAAGAACACCUGGCAAGCUAAGGGCAAGUCGCCUAAGGGCAAAGGCUCGGGGGCCGGUAAGCCGGAAUGGUUACCUGAGGGACUUCGCUUCCAGGGAGCCUCUGCAUGGAAUCAUAAAGGCAACAAGGUCUGUUACGGCUUCAACCUUGGCACUUGCUCGGAUGCAAACUGCCAGAAGGGCGACCAUACUUGCUGCAUCUUCAAAUGCGCGGAUCCCCCGCCUCGCCCUGUCGCUUUGGCGUUGGACGUGGAGAUGGCAUCUUCGGACGAACCCGUUUCAGGUGGUAUCUCUGUAGCUGAUGUCGCGACCCCGGCUUCGCUACCUUCUGGAGUAGGAGUGGACCCUGCUUCUAAGAUGGUGGAUGUCGACGAUUCUCCGAUUUUGGUAGAACCUACAGUUUUGGAUCCUCCUACGAUGCCGAGUGCUUCGUCUGAGUCGUUUUCCUUGGAGCACGCAGGGAGCGAGGGGGCGCUCCCCUCAACUCUCGUGGCAUCGCAGGACAAUUCUCCGGCCCCUCAGAGCCAGGAGCCAAUCAGGGCCAUUCUGCAGUGUUUUGCAGGCCAAGCUCGUGUGGCUUCAGCUUUGAUUAAGCAGGGCUAUUUUUCCCGCUUCAAGCAGAAAGCGGCUAUGGCCCCAGUGCUUCAGAUGGACUUGUCGACGAGGGAGACUUGUGACUCUGUCCUAACAUGGCUUGACAAAGGCAAGAUUGCGGGUGUUAUGAUAUGUAUUCCUAAACAUGCCUCGGAACCUGUCACUACAGCUUUCAUUCUGGCAGUGAUGGCGGGCUGCUUAAGCAACAACCUGCCCUUGAUUCUUGAGGGUUCGGUGUCCUCACCAUUUUGGGAGAGCUUGCAGCGCUUACCGUCAGAACAGCACCCUCCACACCAGGUGGAGGUAGAUUGGCGAUUUUGGGACUCCCACAGCAAAAAGCGCAGCCUCGUGUUGUCUAAUAUGCCAGAAGUCCUCACUGUGCGCAGGGAGGCGGCACCUGUGGGAGAUAAGGUGCAACAGCGCUCGGAGGCGCCGACCGGAUAUCCGCCGGCUUUUGCCACGGCGGUAGCUGAGGUGUUCAUCGCAGGUUUGACUCAGCGACAGCUACCGUGUCGCAGCCCGGCCUUGACUAAUAAAUCGCUGCGGGUUGCGGCCAUGAAUCAGCCACGUGGGGCGAUGCCGGAAGUGGUGUCUGAAUGGAAGUUGGUGGUUUAUGUCCUUCUGCCACCGCAGGUCAAGGAUCCGUUUGGCGGAUCGAAACGCCUUAAACAGGACUGGAAGGUCCCACACGGCGCCCGUGUGUUGCCGGAGCUCAGGAUGCUCCCGCAGGAUUCCCAGCUUCUGUCGCGUACUCAGUCAGGGGGGCAAUUGAGCCCGCAACUUCAGCAGGAAAUGCAAAACUUGAAUGGAGCCUCAGUUUUGCGAGUGGGCAUCCCAUGGGAUCCUAUCGAAUUUAUCGCCAAGGCAGGUAAGACUGGACACCCAUACCAUAAGUUAUCCAAGUGCAACAAGGAUCUCAGAGACCUUGUCCACGACCUAGUUCAUAAACCGGGAAUGGUUCGUUCUCAGAGGAAGAACUACAUCGAGAAGGAAAUCGAUCAGCUGUUGUGGGAUAAGACGAUGGAAGAGGUACAGAGUGGAUACCUCUCGGGACCUUAUGAUUUCGAGUCAUUGCCGAAACGGUGUUUGGUCAGCUCCCGCUUUCCGUUGCUACAAGGAGAUAAGCUGCGACCUAUUGACAACUACUCAUCGAGUUUGAUCAACGAUACGGUCACAGUCUCUGAAAAGCCCAUCACGCACUCUAUCGACGAAAUCGCUUUGUUGAUAAAUACACUUUCGAGUGCUGCUCGAAAGAAGAACUUGAAUGCAUUGUACGGGAAAACAGCGGAUCUGAAGGGAGCUUACAGACAACUGGCGGUGUCUGACACGAGCUUAGAUUUUUCUUACCUUGCGGUCUACGACCCGGCGGAGGAGAAGCCCAAGUUGUUCCAACAACUAGCUGUGCCUUUCGGCUCUACCAAGGCCGUGUACUUUUUUCUCAGAGUAGCAAGGGCGCUUUGGACUAUCUUGGUCAAAGGGGCCAAAAUCCCAACCACGAAUUAUUUUGACGAUUUUGUUCUGCUCGCUCUUGGAGGAGAUAGGAGUUCGUGUUCACACGCUUUCGAUGAAGUUAUGAAGCUGCUAGGUUGGAAGCUGUCAGCUGAUAAAACGACGGAGUGGAACACAAGCUUCGAGGCCCUCGGCGUUCUUUUCGAGCUUGACCAGACGGGGUCCGGAGUGCUGAAGGUCAAGAACACUGAGAAACGACGCAAGGAACUCACGGGUGCGAUCAAAGGUUUUCUGGACAAGGGAACCAUGACUCAGAAGGAAGCUCUACAACUGCGGGGUAGGCUGCAGUUUGCUCAAGCCCAGUUUUUCGGUAGGCUGGGAAGAAGGUGCCUGACGGAGGUGACAAAGCAUGCCUACACUGGCAGGUCAAAGCUUUCGUCGAUGGCCAAGGAACGACUUGAAGAGUUUGGUAAGUUCCUUGACAUGGCCCAACCGAGGCUAGUGGGGCAAGUUUCAUGCAGGACUUUUAUGAUCCUUACCGAUGCGGCGUUUGAAACGGAGUCAGGAACUGGAGGACUAGGAGGCGUCCUUCUCACCGGGUCAGGUUCGGCACUCUCUUUCUUCAGCGUGCCGAUCUCAGAGCAGCAAGCCAAGUCUAUGUCGUUGCAGGAUGAGCAUACCAUCAUAUAUGAACUAGAGAUGUUCGGGGUCUUGAUCGGUCUCAAGCUCUUGGUCGAAAAGACGGCUGCUUUCGCAGAAUCAUACGAACAGCCAGGCGCUGUUGCUGGGACUGGAGUGAUUUGCUAUAUCGAUAAUGAUGCUGCGAGACAUGCAUAUAUCGCCGGCUCUUCGAAGAAAGGGGUCGCGGGGAUUCUUAUCGAUGAAGUCAAUUUCCUGGAGUAUGUCCACGGCAUCCUGCCGUGGUAUGCGAGAGUGGCAUCACCUGCUAAUCUGGCAGAUGAACCAUCGAGGAUGAAACUUGAUAGAGUCAAGAGACUAGGAUUUAAAGACGAGUCUGUCGAGGCGACCAAGGCGGUGUUAUCGAUUGUGAAGAGAGCUUCGAAUCUGCCUGCUUAA